AUGACAAACGGAAAAGAAAAAUUCAAUACACAAGUUUUUCCAGCAAAUGAUCAAAUUAAUGAUCUACCUGGUUAUGUUAAUAACGAUGACGAAGUUAAAAGAUCAUCAUCUACAACUCCUAUUUUUCUUGGCGAAGUUGCGCAAAGCAAAAAACAUGCGAUUGCAAACAAUGACAAGCCGGCGAUACCAGUAGAAUCAAAAAAGAACAGUAGCAGUCGAAAAUUGAAAACUUUUGAAAUCUUCAAAUUCGCUGAUAAAUUAGAUAUAUUUCUGAUGACUAUUGGCUCUAUCGCAGCUUUGGCAAGUGGUGCUGCAACACCAAUAAUGAUGUGGUUGUUUCAAAAUGUUUUGAACGGUCUAGUCAGUUUGGGUACAUCUCAGACGGGAACAUCGAGCAAUGCUUCAUUAAGUCAAUGUUCUGUGGGAACACAUGUGACCGGAGAUCCGUUUGAAAUUAUUAAAGACAAAGUGAAAUGGCUUUGUGUACUGGGUGCAUGUAGUCUUGUCGUUUUCUGGGUUGCAUUUAGCUUUUGGAUGAUAGCAGCAGAACGACAAAUCCGUCGGAUACGCUAUGCACUUUUUGAGAGCAUCAUGCGACAAGAGAUGGGGUGGUUUGAUUGUCGGAAUGCAGGAGAGUUAUCUGGCCGUCUGGUUGGGGAUCUCGAUAUUAUGCGUGAAGGAAUUGGUUUACAUCUGGCAGAAUUUAUUAGUAUUGUUUCUCGUGUUAUUGCUAGCGUCAUAUUUUCGCUUUAUACUGGAUGGAAACUAACGUUAGUCUUUUUGUCUAUUUCUCCGCUGAUAAUUUUAGCGAUGGUGCUCUUGAUCAGAGUUAUUGUUCGUUAUACGGCAUUGGAAUUGCAAGCAUAUAGUUCAGCGAACGCCAUUGCACAGGAAGUCUUAGGUGCCAUACGAACAGUAACAGCAUUUAGUGGACAAGUAAAAGAAGGCAAUCGGUACGAGAACAGUUUAAGAGAAGGCAAAAAUAUUGGUAUUCGGAAGGGUUUUAUGCUCGGCGCUACUCAAGCUUUAGUUAACGUCGUGCUUUAUGGAGGAGUGGCUAUUAUAUUUUGGUACGGGCCGUAUUUGAUUCGUAAUGAGUGUGAAAAUUAUUCUGCUGGUCAAUGGAUUGUGAUAUUUAUUUCAUGUCUGACUGCAACAUUUUCAUUGGCGUCGAUAUUGCCUAAUUUGCAAUCAUUUGCUGAGGCAUCUGGUUCAGGUGGAUACGUGUUCGAUAUCAUUCAACGUGAAUCAAAAAUCGAUCCAACUAAUGAAGACGGCGAGUCGCCGCCCUCAUUCACGGGAGAUAUUGAAUUUCGAAAUGUUCAUUUCAGAUAUCCAUCAAGAAAAGAUGCUCCCAUUCUAAAUGGAUUGACAAUGAAAAUCCCAUCGGGAAAAACUGUGGCACUCUGUGGCUCAUCAGGCUGUGGGAAAAGUACAUCGAUUCAGUUGGUUCAACGACUAUACGAUCCAGAUCAAGGAGAAGUCUUAUUAGACGGUCGUGAUAUACGUUCGCUUAACCUUCGCUGGCUUCGUUCACAUAUUGGAAUCGUUAGUCAAGAGCCGGUUCUGUUCUACGGUUCAAUCGAAGAUAAUAUUCGCUUUGGAAAGCUGAAUGCAACCGAUGAAGAGGUUCAAAUUGCAGCUAAAAUGGCUAAUGCACAUGAUUUCAUUAUGCAAUUACCACAAAAUUAUAAAACUUCGUCCGGAGAUAAACUAAGUGGCGGACAAAAACAACGAGUCGCCAUUGCACGAGCAUUGAUUUCCAAUCCGAAAAUCCUUCUACUAGAUGAAGCAACAUCUGCGUUGGACAACCAAAGUGAACGAGUCGUUCAAGAUGCAUUGGACCGCGCUAAACAAGGUCGAACAACCAUUGUUAUCGCACAUCGUCUCAGCACAAUACGCAAUGCGGACAUUAUCGUUAGUUUAGAUCGUGGAAAUGUAGUUGAAUAUGGUACACAUAACGAAUUAAUAGAACGCAAGGGUCUGUAUUAUGAAUUAGUCAAUGCACAAAGUGAAAACGAACAAUCGAAAGAAAAUGAUAAUGAUAAUCAAUUCGAAGAAGAAUUAGCACAACAAUUGCAAUUCGAAAUGAUAGCCAGAAAUCGAAGUGCUUCGAAUCCCAUGCGACGAGCGUCAAUAGUUUCGAUUAAGUCAUCCAAAUCGGAUGUUAGUGAACACAUGAAUGAUGAUUCAAAUGAAACCGAGAAGAAAUCAUGUUUGCGUGUGCCGUUUAUUUUUAAAAUAACAAAAUUAAAUUUUCCCGAAUGGCACUAUCUACUCAUUGGUGAAAUUGCUUCAUUGAUAUUCGGAGCGAUCAUGCCGGCAUUUGCGUUGGUGUUCGCCAAUGUAUUUGGCGCGUUGGCAGAAACUGAUCAGCAGAAACAGGAAGAUGAAAUUCGUACGUACACUUAUACGAUUUUUCUGAUUGGCCUCGGCGGUGCUAUAUUUCAAAUGAUUUCAUCGACUGCAUUAGCCAAAGCAGGAGAGGAGUUAACCGCUCGUAUGCGAGCAAUUUCAUUUCGAACUAUGUUAAAACAAGAAAUUGGCUGGUUCGAUUUGGAUGAAAAUAACUUGGGUGCGUUAGUCACGCGACUAUCAUCAGAUGCUGCAUCACUCAAGGGUCUAACAGGACAAACUUUUGGCGCGAUAUUGAAUGCGAUCGGUGCUUUAGCAUUCGCUCUGGUAGUUAGUUUUACGGCCGGAUGGAAAUUGACAUUGGUUUUGUUAAGUUUAUCUCCGUUGAUGGUUUUUACUGGUAUGGUUCGCGAAAAUCAAAGUGCGACGAAGAAAGCCGCCGCCAAGAAAGGCUCGGCAACCACAGACUCCGAAGAGGGUGGCAAGUAUGCAACCCAAGCAAUUGAAAAUAUUCGAACCGUUGUAUCGCUUCAUCAAGAACAAUAUUUCAUUCGUUUAUAUAAAGAAGCAUUUGAUAAAGAAUUUCGACAUGAAAUGAUUCAGUUACAAUACGUUUCACUUUCAAAUGCCUUGGCAAAUUCGUUGACAUACUUUCUCAAUGCAUUAGCAUUUGGUUAUGGUACUGAUCUUGUCAAAGCUAAGGAAAUGGAAUUUCAAAAUGUCUUCAAAGUAUUCAAUGUGAUUAUGUUUGCUUCGAUGUCCAUGGGUCGAAGUGCAUCGAUGAUUCCGAAUUAUUCGAAGGGAAAAGAAAGUGCCCAACGUAUAUUAGAUUUGAAUGAUCGAAUAUCUCUCAUUGAUCCUGAUGAUACAUCUGGAAUAAAACUCUCAAAAGUCGAAGGUGAUAUUGAAUUUCGAGAUAUUCGCUUUCGUUAUCCCGCUCGACCGAAACUUCCUAUUCUUCGUCGUCUGAAACUGAAAUGUCCAUCUGGUGUCACGACAGCUUUGGUCGGUCCAUCGGGCAGUGGAAAAUCAACCACAGUCGCUUUAAUAUUACGUUUCUACGAUCCAUUAACUGGUCAAGUUCUCUUAGACGGACAUGAUGUUAAAACCUUGAAUAUUCAAUGGUUACGAUCAUUGAUUGGUCUCGUUCAACAAGAGCCCGUUUUGUUCAAUUUAUCAAUUCGAGAAAACAUUGCUUACGGCAAUAAUGACAAAUCAGUAACGCAAGAAGAGAUAGAAGCAGCGGCUACAAAAGCAAAUAUACAUAGUUUAAUCACUUCUUUACCUGAAGGCUACAAUACGUCAUGCGGUGCGAAAGGUGGACAAUUAUCUGGCGGACAGAAACAACGAAUUGCUAUUGCUCGAGCAUUGGUUCGUGCACCGAAAAUUCUUCUACUUGAUGAAGCAACAUCAGCCUUAGAUAAUAAAAGCGAAAAAGUUGUACAAGAAGCGUUGGAUCAAGCGAAAGAAGGUCGAACGUGUUUGACCAUAGCUCAUCGUCUGACCACAAUUCAAAAUUCCGAACAAAUCUGUGUAGUGGAUCGAGGAGUUGUCAGAGAAAGUGGAAAUCAUCAGCAACUAAUUCAACAACAAGGGAUCUAUUACAAGUUAAAUAUGGCUCAGCAACGUAAUGAUGCAUCUCAUUAG